GAAACAAAUUGACGAGCCAUGGCUUCACGAGAAAGACCCCUGGAUCAAUUCCUCAAUGGGAUCAAUGCCGCGAAUCUGGAACAAAUGCUAGGUGCCUUCGCCUCGGAUGCCGAGAUAUGCGACGAUGGAAAGAGCUUCAAGGACGAAGCCAUCAAGGCACUGUGUGAACAUGGCAUUGUUGGAUAUCGGUCUCGCGUCGAAAUCCUCGAGAGGGAGGUCCGCGAUGAUGGCAAGGUCUUUCAGCACAUAAUGAUGGACGGUGACUAUGUUGAAGGCUUUAACAUCCACGAGCCCUUCGACCUGUUUCUCCUUGCGACCAUCAAGAACGACAAGAUCCAGCACUUGGAGAUGGGAGAUGUCGACCCCAGAAAGCCGACGAUUCGGACGGUCUAUGCCGCCUGUGGCAAUCCCACAAAUCCCCUGUCUUCAGUGCGCAUCAACCGCAGAAAUCCUCCCGAGCCCAAAGAGGGUUGGGUCACAGUCAAAAUGCAAGCAGUCGGCCUGAACUUCCACGACAUCUUCACCCUCCGUGGGAUAGGAAUGCACGAGAUCCGAUUUCCAAUGAUCCUAGGCAACGAGGGCGCAGGCAUUUUGGAAGAUGGAACAGAAGUCGCACUUUAUCCCAACCUCGGGGAUCCAGAUUUCAAGGGAGACGAAACCCUGGAUCCGAAAAGGCACGUCCUGGGCGAGCUGGUGCAGGGAACCUUGGCAGAGUACGUCGUUGUGCCAAAGAGGAAUGCUGUCCCACGGCCACAAGGGUUGGACGCCAAGGAUGCAUCGAUCAUGGGCAUAGCUUGGUUGACUGCGUACCGUAUGAUGUUCAAACAAGCGAAGCUGCGGCCAGGUCAGACAGUCCUGAUCCAAGGUUGCUCAGGCGGCGUCACCACAGCUCUGAUACAGCUUGGUUCCGCCGCUGGUCUUCGAGUUUGGGCCACAGGUCGAACGGAGGCCAAGCGAGCGUUGGGGUUGAAGCUGGGAGCCGAGCGUACAUUCGAGCCUCUCCAGAAGCUACCAUAUCUUGUCGAUGCUGCAUUCGACACGUCCGGCGCUGCCACCAUCUCUCAUUCUCUCGCAUCCGUCAAGCCUGGAGGUACCGUUGUGUCAUGUGGCAUCCAUUCGGAUGGCGGGUCGAACAAAGUCAACAUCGAUCUCGUGCACCUGUUCACCAACCAGAUAGUUCUCACCGGCGUCUACACUGGGACAAGAGAGGAGUUCGUUGACCUCCUAAAUUAUGUUGCCUCCAAGAAGAUAAAACCUCGUAUUGGAAAAGUCUUACCUUUGGAGAAAACGGAGGAGGGAUUGAAGGAUAUCUGGGAAGGCAGGACUGACGGUAAGGUAAUCGUAACGAUCUGACCACGACUCAGAAGACGAGAUGACACGGAUACAAGGCUGAAGGAGUAAACUGAGACGCGAAAAGGUCCACACCUUGUUUCGAAGUGAUGGAAAUGUCAUCCGUGAGACAAUCCACAAAGGUGUCGGUGAGGAUGAAAUGAGACGGACAUGAAGUCGCGAAAUGUGGCCGAAGCUAAACCUGGUCCGUCCGUAAAUAGUUCAACGAUGAGCGAUUUUCACGUUGACCGUAUAUAUUUCCCGUGUCGAUGGAUUGGCCACCGAGACACGAAGUAGGAAAAAAAAGCUGACUCACAUCA